AGCAUUUAACUUAUGGAAUGGCAAUCAUUAUGGAUCUUAAAAUCUGAAACUAAAUAAGCAAAUUCUGAAAAGAGAAAGUUGGACUAUAAUAUUUGGGAGAAAAGGUCGACUUUUCAUAUUUAUACCCUAGUUCGGGCUAAGGGAAUGUCGACUAUCUUUUUAUUUCCAUAGAUGCUGCCCGACUUGCUGAGUUCCUACAGAACUUUGUGUGUGUUGCACUGGAUUUCCAGCACCUGCAGAGUUUCUCGUUUUCAGGGUUAUAAAUGUUAAUUCCGUUUCCUCUGUAGUCGAUACCCGAUUUCUUUAAUGUUUUCACCGUUCCCAUUUCAGAUUUCUAGUCUGACUUUGCUAUUUUUGCCUUUUGUUAUUAUUAAGUGUUGAAGACUCUGUUUAACAUUUUAAAAGCUUAUUUGAACCCAGAAGUAAUAUUUCUACACCCAGUCUUGAAAAAGGGUCUCGGCCCGAAACGACGACUGCUUAUUCAUUUCCAAAGAUGUCAUCUCACCUGCCGAGUUGCUUCAGAGGAUGAUUGGCAGCAAACAAAGCGGUUGAAGGUCGUAGGCAUGACCAUGUUUCUCAUGUUGCCAACGACUGAGAUAUAAUUAUGAAACAGAAGGGGGCGCUUGCGGAGACACCAUGGCCGCUGUGAAGGCCCAGGGAUGCGUUGCUGGGAGUGACGGCAGGAACGCCGCGGCCGCCAUUCGGUCCCGCUGCCUGAGGUGGUGAUUCCGAUGGGUUUGGAUAUGGAUCCCAUGUUCUUGGCCUGGAGUUAUUUCAGGAGGCGGAAGUUCCAGUUAUGCGCCGAUAUCUGCACGCAGCUCCUGGAGGAAAACGCGUAUGACCAGGCGGCAUGGAGCUUGAAAACACGAGCCUUAACAGAGAUGGUGUAUGUGGAUGAGGUAGACGUAGAUCAAGAAGGAAUAGCUGAAGUAAUGCUGGAUGAUAGUGCUAUUGCACAAAUUGCCCGACCUGGAACCUCUUUAAAACUCCCUGGAGUCAAUCAAGGAGGAGGUCCUAGCCUGGCUGUCAGACCCAUGUCUCAAUCUGGAAGACCCAUUACUGGGUUUGUAAGACCAGGCACCCAGUCUGGCAGACCUGGCACUAUGGAGCAAGCUAUCAAGACUCCAAGAACUGCCUACACAGCCCAACCAGUGACAAGUGCUUCUGGUAGAUAUGUUAGGCUAGGAACGGCUUCCAUGCUUACUAACCCUGAUGGACCCUUUAUUAAUUUAUCCAGACUGAAUCUAGCUAAGUAUGCUGGAAAGCCAAAUUUAGCUAAGGCACUUUUUGAAUAUAUUUUUCAUCAUGAAAAUGAUGUCAAAACUGCUUUAGAUUUGGCAGCACUUGCAACUGAGCAGUCUCAGUUUAAGGAUUGGUGGUGGAAGGUCCAAAUUGGCAAAUGUUAUUACAGAUUAGGUUUGUAUCGUGAGGCAGAGAAGCAAUUUAAAUCUGCAUUAAAACAACAGGAAAUGGUCGAUACAGUACUUUAUCUGGCAAAGGUCUACAUUCGUUUAGACCAACCAUUGACAGCUUUAGGCCUUUUCAAGCAAGGGCUGGACCGUUUCCCAGGAGAAGUUACACUGCUUACAGGAAUAGCUCGCAUACAUGAUGAAAUGAACAACAUAGCAUCUGCCACUGAAUAUUAUAAGGAAGUCUUAAAACAAGAUAAUACUAAUGUAGAAGCCAUUGCCUGCAUAGGGAGUAUUCAUUUUUAUUCAGACCAACCAGAAAUUGCACUGCGAUUCUAUAGGCGACUUCUCCAAAUGGGUGUUUAUAAUUGUCAGCUUUUCAACAAUCUAGGACUCUGCUGUUUUUAUGCGCAACAGUAUGACAUGACUCUGAGCUCAUUUGAAAGAGCAUUGUCCCUGGCUGUGAAUGAUGAAGAAGUUGCAGAUGUAUGGUAUAACCUUGGCCAUGUAGCAGUGGGAAUAGGAGAUAUGAAUUUGGCCCAUCAGUGUUUUAAACUGGCACUGGCCAACAACAAUAAUCAUGCUGAAGCCUAUAACAAUUUAGCAGUCUUGGAAAUGCGCAAAGGGCACCAUGAACAGGCUCGAGGAUUUCUGCAGACAGCUGCUGCGCUGGCUCCUCACAUGUAUGAACCACAUUAUAAUUUUGCUGCACUUUCAGAUAAGGUUGGAGACCUUCAGAGCAGUUAUGUAGCUGCACAGAAAUCAGCAACUGCUUUUCCAGAACAUGUUGACACUCAACAAUUAAUCAAACAAUUGCAGCAACACUUUGCUAUGCUAUAACUGUAAUCAAUCCUAAUGACCUUUAGAGAUAUCUAUAUGUUGUUAAGCAGAAAACUACAUAAUUUUGUAUUUGCUUGCAGUAAAUGUGUUUUAUAAAUAUUCUUGACCUUGGGUCUAUUGUGACUUUGUAUCAUCACGUGCAUAUUAAUGAAAAAAAUAAGGCUAAAUUAAUGAAGAACAGGCUAGUUCAUUGUGUAUGUGUGUGAUGUUUUGUACAAACAAUGGAGCAAAAGUCUGCUAGAGGACCUCAGUGGAUUUGGUAACAUUUAUGGAGGGAAAUGGAUCAUCUCAAAAUGCUGAUAUUUCCAUUUCCCUCUACAAAUGCUACCUGACUUACUGGGUUCUUCCAGCAGUUUGUUUUAUAUUCCAGUUUCCAGCACUUGCAGUCUCUUGUGUCUCCUGUAAUUUCGGGGGGGGGGGGGGUACUGUAGAAAUUUUCAAAUGCUGUCCCUCUGUCAGGUGUAAUGGGGAAGAAAAGAUUAAUGCACUUGAUCUUCAUAACCCAACUGCCUUGAAAAGUAGCUUGUAGCCACUGGUAAUGAGGCCAACUGACAUGAGAGCUGACUGAAAAUAGAUCUUAAAAAAAAUUAGGACCAAUAUAAUGUGCUGGUGGAACUCAGCAGGUCAAGCAGCAUCAGCUGGAAGAAAGAAACUUAUCAAUGUUUUGGGUCAAAACCCUGCAUCAGAACUGAGUGAAGAGGCAAGAUGCCCAGCAUUGAGUGGAGGAGGGAAGUGGCAGGAAAGAAUUUGGGGGUGAUUGGUGGACUGUGAAGGUGUGUAAGACAGCAGGCAGGUGAUGCAGUUAGGGAAGGUGAAGAAAAUGAGGAGUCUGAGUAAAAACUCUUGAAACACAAUGAUAAAUAGCAAGUUUAAAAUUGAAUACAAUUGUAUAUUAUUUUAGAAGAAGUACUUAGCUUUUAUAUUUAAAUUACAUUUCAUGAAUUAUUUAUUGUUAAAAUGUAAAAAAAUAUUUCUGUAAUAUUUGAACCUAAUUUGUAGAAAAAAUAAAAUAAUUACCAAAAUGAGA